AUGAAGCAAUACGGCAUCAACAUAUCUGAUCUGGAGGCGUGCCUAUCUCACGGGGCGAGCUCGACGACCUCGGACAUGGAGGAUGCAUGCUCGGUCCAGUACUGCUUUCCUGAUGAAAAUCUGCUCAAGCGGUCGCUGAAGCGGAUGCGGGUAUGUUUAGACUCUGAGGACGAAGUGUUCAUCUUUGAGGAUGAAAGCGAGGAUGGCGAGGACGACAGUGAAGAGUCAAGCACAGCUUGUGCGCCGAUCAGUACUGCGGCAGGAGAUUUCCCGGUUGGACUCGAAAACGACGUCGAGCUGGUAGACACCUUCAUGCGCCUCACCAACCGGCUCCGAGGCUGUUGCCAAGCGGAGCAGGUAUCGCCUCGAUGUCGGACAGGCCAUCCAGUAUCAGGUCUGCAAGCUGCAGUCUGUGUCAUGGCAGGACAGCAAUGA